GCAAGUAGGAAGCUCCUGGGAGCAGCUCCAAAGCAGAGGGCAGGGCAGGAGCAGCACAGCGGGCGGGAGCAGGGGAAGGGCCACCUGAACUGCUCCUGGGCAGUUGCCAAGCCACAUACCUUACAGGGAAUUUAGGGGAGCUGAUGGGGGAGACUGCUGGCCCCCCCUGGUUCUAAUCUCCAUGAGGAAGGGCUGCUCUUCCAGAGAAUCCUGCAAGCAGUGGACAAAGCAGGCAGCUGCCAAAUGACGUUCUAAGGGAGCAUUGUGCAACUUUAAACAAGCAUGUUCCCUAACUGAUCAGCAAUGUAACAACAAAACAACGUUAACCAGGACAUCGUUAAGUGAAGAGUUACUGUAAUUGGUUGUAUAUGGGUACAACAAAAUAUUAUGUUUUGAAGCAGGCGAGUGCUGCUUCUGACUUUUCACUUUUAAUUGGCCCUUGUAAUCUUGUGAUGCCGGCGUGUUGUAGCUUCAUUUUUUCCCAGCAACAAAUUCUUGAUUUGUAGGACCAGUAAUAAUCAACAAUGGAUAAAUUCUUAAUAAAGUUACCCAGAGAAAAAGAAGAAAAGGAUAAUUCAUCAAGUGACUGCCUGAGUUCGACACCCAGCUUUCAAACUGAAGUUAUACAAAAGAAAGAUGCGGUAAAUCUACAAGAUAAGAAAAGGAGUUUUCAGCAAUCUUGGCUAUCAAGAUUUACGUGCUUGGAGUACAAUAAUGAAUUAGACAGAGCUUUGUGCUCAGUCUGCAAAAACUGUUCUGAGAAGAAGAUCUUAAUAUUUUCUACGAAGGCCGAACCAACGUUUAUUUUGUCCGGAUUUCAAGAUUGGAGACACAUUGGUUUUACAUCACACAAAAAAUCCUCCUGUCACAAGGAAGUGGUAAUGAAGUAUGCUGCUCUGCAAUCGCAGGUAGGAGAUACACUUCUCAGGUGUGAUUUGCACUUUUCUGAUUGCUGGGGGCAGUGUUACGACGGAGCCAGUAAUGUGUCCUGCAAAUUUACUGGGGUCCAAGCCAGAGUGAAGGCUCAAGAGCCAAGAGCGGAAUUUGUGCACUAUGCUGCACAUUCCCUUAAACUUGUCACGCAGGAUGCCCUGCAUAAUAUUCCAGAAUGUCGUGAUAUGUUUUUGAUGGUGAAAGAUCUCAAUGCCUUCAGGGAGUCAGCAAAGCAUAUGGCAGCAUUCAGAGAGUUUCAGAGUGAAGGGGAGCCUUCUUUAUGAACAUUGUGCCCAACAAGAUGGGCACCAAGGAUCAGUAGCAUUAAAUCACUGCUCCACAACUACGAGGCCACAAUGAACUGCCCAAAUGAAUUUAGUUACUCUUCAGGUGAAUUUGGCUCAAAAUGUAGUGUAUUCUCAAAGCAACUUCAAUCUUUUUCAAUGUACCUUCAAUCAUUUUCAACGUACUAACAGUUCUUGAGAAAGCCAUGGGUUCUCUAGAAGAAGCUAAUGCAAAAAUUCAAAGGCCAAAUGUGUCACUGGCAAGCGUUAUGAAGAAAGUUGGCCUGUUGCGAUAGGUGUUGAGUGGGAUGCGCACCAAGUCGUCAUACAAUCACUUCUGGGAAACAACAGUAGAGAAGGCAAGAAAUCUUUAUUUAGAUGAUCCUACACUCCUGAGAAAAUGCAAGCUGCUGAGAUGGCUUGACCAUGGAAGCCUUCCUUACACCUUCAUAGAAUAGAAUCAUAGACUCAGGGUUGGAAGGGACCUCAGGAGGUCAUCUAGUCCAACCCCCUGCUCAAAGCAGGACCAAUCCCCAAUUUUUGCCCCAGAUCCCUAAACGGCCCCCUCAAGGAUUGAACUCACAACCCUGGGUUUAGCAGGCCAAUGCUCAAACCACUGAGCAAUCUCUCCCCCGUUGCUCCCCCCCGCCCCACCUUCAGUGACCCCAAAGAAUAUUUUCAUCAAAUAUAUGUCGGGAUCAUUGAUGCUUGCAAAGUUGCCAUUGAACAGAGGUUUUCAACAGAAAGCUUUACAUUUGCAGUACAAUUGGAGAAGCAUAUAACUGAUACAGCAAAUGGCUCGAAACAGGACAUUGUCCCAAUAAGUGAAGCUUUCCAUGGUGACAUUAAUGCGGAGAGGCUCUCUCUUCAUUUAGAAAUGUUGAGUGUUAUUUGCAGAUUGAGAAAUUGCCAGCUUAAUUUGGUGAGCAAAGUGAAGCAAUUUCUGAAACAAAAUGAAGGCUUGAGUGACAUGUUGUCAGAAGUUACAAUUCUCCUGAAAUUAUUCUACACAAUUCUGACUACAACCUGCACCGCUGAGCGAUCUUUCAGUUGCCUUCGCAGGAUGAAAAGUUAUUUGUGAAUGACAAUGGGCCAAGAAUGUCUAAAUCACUCUACCUCUUAAUUGGACAUUGCAAGUCUCCUGGAUGACUUCAUUUCAAGAACCGAACAACGAUGAAAAGUGUUUGCUGCUUCCUGAAGAACAUUGCAAAAGAAGGGGCUACAUUUGUUUUAAUUUUAGAAAGUAUUUGCU